AGGGCUCCUGGGCUCACUGUCCCACCAGAUCCUGGCUGCUCCUCCAAUCUGCUCCUCAGCCUGUCCCCGCUGAUCCUCAUUCCCAGCCUGCUUCCCUGGCCUUUCCUGUCACAGUGUGUCCAGCCAGUUCUCACUUUCCUUCUUUACCCUGACCCUUAGUCCUAAUCUUAUUCCAGUUUCUCAUUUAAUCUGCCUCUUCAUCCCCACUGUUCACGUUUCUGAGUUAUGUUUUCUUGGGAAGAGUGAAAAAAAACAGCCAUAACUUAAAGCAACUUGGUGACAGACUUUUUCUGUGAAGCCAGAGUGUUGUAGAGCUUUUCAGAAGGGGGAGCAGUGUCUUGGACAUGCAGAAUAAUUCCUUUUCUUGCUGAAAUGUUGAACCUGGAAAAAUUAGUCUUGAGUUAUGAAAGUCUGUCAGGGUUGCAAAUGAGUAGGAGGGAAUCCUACAAAAUGCACCUGUACAUACUUAGCUCCUCAUGCUGCAGGACAAGGGGCACCUGAAUUGAAAGACAGCAAGUUUAGUGAGAUAAUAAAUUGUAAUUAGCCAGAGCUAAUUGCCAUAGAUUAUUAAGAGCAUGGUAGGAAAGGAUGGACAGCAGCUCAUGAGGAGUUUGUGAAGUGGUGAGUUUGCAGGGAUGAGUGUGAGGGACACAGGGGUGAAGGUUCUUCUCCUCCCUCACCUUGGUUUAAGGAAGGUCUCACCAAGAUUUGGUGACUGCCAGUGCUCCAGUCUGGUCUGGUUGGAAGGGAGAUGGAGAAGGCUUCAGCCUAGGAAAAAGAGAAGAGGGAGAAACAGGAGAGGGGGCAAAUCUGGAGUCAUUCCAAGAAAUUCUUCCUAACCCCAGCAGCAGGAGGGCCAGGCUCAUUAACCAGGCAGCAGGUUCAGAAGGAGCCAAAAGCAGUAGUUCUGUCACACAGCCUGUAGCUUCACAGAGCAGCUCCCUCCCACAAGAGGUGGCUGCCAAAAGUCAGAGCAGUUCAAAAGCCUGUUUGAACAAUUCCUCACUGGCAGCCCUCUGCUGGAAUCCUGCCAGGCUCAGAAAGCCUGGAAAGUCCUCAUGGAGGGGCCUUGGUUUGUGCUUGCCCUGCUCUUGGGAAGAGCAGGAAUUGCUCCUGAGGGCUGCCAGACCAAAUAUUGGGCUAGGAGGAGAGCUCACCUGGCAUGCUGCAGCUCUCCUUGGGUUCACACCAUUUCAGCCCCCAGAAGGCCAGUUCCACCAUGGCUAAGCUGACAGCUCCAGCUGAAACAUCAUUCAUUAAAGGGCUGCUUGUUCUUGAAGGAAGUGGGAGCUUCCUCCUGAUUUGCAGGGUUGCCCAAGGCAAUGACAUUAAAACUAAGGUUAAUGUGAGGUUAACACUUGUUCCUCACAAAUAAUUUCCUUCUUAGCAGGGAUCUGAUCUAACCAAUUCCAGCCACACUUUUUUUUAAUGGAAAGGGAGGUGCCUUCACUUGAGUUUCCCUAAUGAACAUUGUCAGAAGAAUUGAGAGGGUCAGUGUUCAGAGCACAGAUCAUCUCCCUUGGAGCUAUUAAAUGCCCUCUGCUCCCUUGGAGCUAUUAAAUUCCAAUUAUUAAUACUUGUGUUUAAUCUUAGCUUCCAUCUGAGGCUCCCAAAGCCCUCCAGAAACAUUUCUCUUUGCAGCAGCACUUCCUUAGGGCUGCCUGGUGUUACCUCAGAGGCCCCCUCCAAGCUUGGCAUGUUUGGUCCAGGAGUGCCAGCAGGUCCUGCCCCAAACUGCUGAAUGCAGCAGAUAGACAGGGCAUGGAGGGAAAACCCAGGGUUCAAGGCCCCAAGGUGGGAGAGGACACCAGCUCUUUCCAGCUUGAGUGGCUGUGGAGCUGAACACCCCAGUCAGGUCACAGACACCCUGUGUCCUCCAGGGCUGGCUGAGGCUGCUCACCCUGAUUCCUUUGACAGCCUCAUCUGAUGUUUGAUGCUUUAUCUCCAGAACCUUCAGGAUCUUUGAUAAACUUUCAGGUGUAAUUGCUGGUCUGCCCACAGCUGAAUCUGAUGCUCAGAAAUUGAGGUCUCUCCAGCUGCCAAGAUGGUCAUCAACGUCUGUCUCCCCCAGUUCAAGCCAAGGAUUCACUGCAACAAGAUUUCUGCUGAUGGUUACGAAGUGGAGAAUCUCAUCUCGGAUGACCUGGCCAGGAGAAAUCGCGGUUUCCGCAGCGAAUACUUCAUCAAACCUCCGGUCCACGUCACCAUCUCUUUUCCCUUCAACAUUGAGAUCUGCAGGAUCAAUGUGGACAUCUCCUCUGGGGGAUACCAAACCUUCUCCGGGCUGGAAGUGUACACCUCUACCUCAUGCAACAAAACCUCUUGGCAGAGCCCUGAGGGUCAGUUCUCAGGUCCGGCCAGUCAGCCUGUCUCAGACAAAGACACUUUCACACUGGUGGGCAAAGCUGUCUUAAAAAAUCAAAGCAAAGUGACGUUCGGCCACAGAGGUUUCAAGCCAAGGCCUCCCUUCCAUCAGAUGGAGCAUGUCUUCUCCUACCCUGGCUCCGUGUCUCAAGACCUCUGGAACAAAGGGCCCGCCUCGCUGAGCAACGUCUCGCACUUAAAAAUCUGCAUCACCCACGUGGCCGGGGGUGGCCUGCCUUGCAUUAAGAGGCUGGAGGUGUGGGGGCAGCCUGCCAAAUCCUGCCCACAGGAGGUGAUCGAGGGUGUCUUUCAGGUGGCCUCCCAGUUCCUUGGCCAGGAUGUUGGCAGCCUGAAGCCAGAGCUCUGGACACCGAUGGAGAGCGAGUGCGAGCCCUUCAGCGCCAGCGACAGCGAGCAGCAGACCCUCCGCAAGCUGGUGGACGUCGUCCAAGACAUCCCCGAGGAGUUCCUGGACCCCAUCACCUUGGAGAUCAUGACCUUCCCCAUGCUCCUGCCCUCUGGGAAGGUGAUCGACCAGACCACGUUGGAAAAAUGCAACCGGAGCGAGGCGUCCUGGGGCAGGGUACCCAGUGAUCCUUUCACUGGGGUGGCCUUCAGCCAGCACUCGCAGCCCCUACCUCACCCUACCUUGAAGGCCAGGAUAGACCACUUCCUCUUGCAGCACAGCAUCCCUGGCACCAACCUGCUGGGGAGGGCUCAUCCCUCGGAAAUGCUCCUGCCUUCUUCCAUAACAAUGUCUUCUCUGAAAAGGAAAAUGGACUGUAUGGAUCAGAGCUCCCUGCAGCCACCCUAUUUUUCUUCUACAAACUUGCUUGUCACGUCUACCUCAGAGAGCAGUGCUAAAAAAAUGAAAACUGACACUGACUCACACUUGAUCCACAUGGACUGUUCCACAGAUCUGGUCUCUCACGAGCAGAAACUGUCGGAGAGCCUGGACACGGCCUUGACCUCGGCGCUCAGCUCCAUGCCCUCCUUCACAGCCAAGCUGGUGAGGAGCCAGCAGCAGGCACAGAGCCAGGGAGGCUGCAGCAGCUCCUGGAGCACAAGCACCCUCGAGCACGGCAGGAGCAGCCAGGCCCAUGGAUGCUCUUCCUGUGGCAAAUCCUUCUCCUCCUACUUCAAAACGGAGCCCGUGUACCAGCUUCCCUGCAGCCACCUGCUGUGCCGGCCCUGCCUGGCCGAGAAGCAGAAGUCCCUCUCCUCCAUCCUGUGUGGGAGCUGCAAGAGACCAGCUGCCACCCAGGACAUCAGGAGGGUUCAUUUCUGAGCCCUGGGCUGCCCCAGCCUGCUGGGAGGAGCAGGACAGGGAGCCACUGCUGUUCCCAGGGUCCGGAUUGAUCCGCAGGAGGACAGAGGCCUUUGGAGAGCUUGGAGACGAGCAGCCAUGAGGCUGGAGAGGAGUUGAUGUUGUGCUUACAGAGCAGGGGGGUGGGGGGUUGGAGCAAAGUGACCCGAGGAUGACAAAAGCCAUAGCUUCUUUACCAGGAACAUGUAUUUAUCCCUAGCCUGCCCCUGCCCCUCACACCCACCCUCCCAGCACCACCCCCGUGGCUCAGUGGUUCAGCAGAGGUGCCUUUUGGAUGGUGAGUUCAGCUUCCCUCUCAGUUAAAACCAUUCACAUCUUUUUUUGAAGGGCAGCCAUUCGGCCGUGGACCGGGCCAAGUCCUUGUGACUGACCACCUGCAAGCUCCCUGACAUCUCCCCUUCCCUCCUGGCUCCCCUCCUCCCUGCCAUGCCCUCGCUGUGCUGGGGGAGCACAUCCCUCGUCCUGGUGUCCAGCAGGGCCCAGAGAGAGCCCGUGGGGAAUGCUGUCUCCUCCUGCUCCUGCAAACCCCUGUAGAAAAGCCAUCGUGUCCCACCAAGCGUCACUUGGUUCAUGUUGUGUGACUGGACCAGCUCCCGUCUGGCUGAUAGACAUUUAAGCCUUAAUAAAAUGAUGUUUAAAGUCA